AUCAUCCAGUACAUAAAUUGGAUUUAGUUAAUACAAUCACCUCUACAUGAAACUUCCUUUAAACAUCAUUAAAAUUUUGUCAGUGAUUCUGAUAAUACAUUACUCAGUCACAACUAUGCUUAGCAUAACUUAUGAUUACCAAUGAAAAACUUUGAGAUAGUAAAAAUUCUGUUAAAAGUAUGUUGAAAUGUGAUAUUGGUUCA